AUGUCCGACAUAAUUGUAACCGCUAGUUGGCGCUACCAUCGUGCACCUAGCGAAUACAUAAAUAACCCACAGUCUUUUGAAGAAUUAAAAGAAAACAUUUGCGGAACAUUUCCACGAGCACUUGUCUGGUGCUCAAGAUUCAACGACUUUCCUACUCCGACGCAAAUGUCACUGGUGGUGUCACCCUUACUAUGGUUAUCAGCUAUCCUCAAUUAUGUCUUAUCACCAAUAUUCCGGUUUACAAGAUUACAAACAUCAUUGGCUCCGACUCGGCAAAAUAUUUAUCACUUGAUAAAUAAAUACAGACCUACUUUCUUCAUUGUAACUCCGGCCGUAAUAACAUCACUGUUACAUCGGAGUAACGGGGAGACGUGUGACAUGACCUGUUUAGAUCUGAUCAUGGUUGGGGGCAGUGCAGUCCCAAAAGGUCUUGUUGAAGAAGUUCGGGAAAUGGUACCCGGAACAGAGGUCGUAAACGCAUACGGAAUGACAGAAAUGUCAAUGAUUGCAUUCCAUUGCGACGAUCCUCCGACUGGAUCCUGUGGAAAGCGCAUGGGAUGCCUUCAAUAUCGUAUAAUUAAUACUGAAACAAAUGAAGACAUAUUGGAGCCUCAUGUGUCUGGAGAACUGUGGGUUAGAGGACCCGGUGUUUUCAAAGGAUAUUAUAAUGACCCUAAAUCGACUGAACGAUCAUUCGCUGAGGGUGGCUGGUUCAAAACUGGGGACAUAUUCUACAGAGACGAGAACUGGAAUUAUUACCCUGUCGAGAGAAUCAAGUCUAUACUCAAAUACAAAAGUUACCAGAUAGCUCCAGUUGAAAUAGAAGGUGUGAUUCGUCAACUUCCAGGAGUUUUUGAUGUAGCCGUGACAGGGAUUCCGGAUGAGUAUGGUGACGACUUGCCGUGUGCUUGUGUAAUCAAACGGCCUGGCCACAAUAUCACUGCGCAAGAAAUUAAAGAUUUAGUAAAAGAAUCCCUGGCUGAUGUGAAACAUCUAAGUGGUGGCGUGAUCUUCUUAGACGAGUUACCGUUGACGCCUUCUGCAAAAGUAAACAGAAAAAAACUCAAGGAAAUUGUCCUUGAAAUGGAUAGACUAUAAAGUUACAUUCUCAGUGAUAGUUGCCAUCUUGACUCUAUUCCGUCGAAUCAUAUGAAAAAAUGUGC